CAGAGUUUAAUUCAGACCCCCUAACCAGCUUGGCUUAAUUAAACCUGACGUUCAUCCUUACAAUUACUCCGUGUUAUUUAAUGAAUUUGCAGUAUUAGUAUUAUCACCUUCUCUUUAAUUAUGUGAGUAAAAAAAGCUUUAAUUUGUGUGUUUAUCUCUUUGUUUUAAGGUCCGGGAUGUUCGUCCGUAGGAUAUGGAGCAUCUCAAGAGAUUGGCCCUUUCCUUAUUGACGGCAACGGAAGUCGCUUGGCAAUCAAUCCAUACUCAUGGAAUAUUGAAGCGAACAUAUUGUUCUUGGAAUCUCCAAUCGGUGUAGGCUUCUCAUAUACAAAUACGAGUACUGACUAUGUGAAGCUGGGAGAUAAACUUGCUACAAACGAUGCAUACACGUUUCUGAACAAUUGGUUCCAGAAGUUCCCAACUUAUAGAAACCAAUCCUUCUAUAUAGCUGGGGAGAGUUAUGCAGGGAAAUAUAUACCUGAGUUGGCAGACCUCAUUAUUGGCAAAAAACAAAGACCCUUCUAAUACUCUUCCCAUUCAGCUUAAAGGAAUAAUGAUGGGCAACCCAGAAACAAAUGAUGAAGAGGACUGGAGGGGUAUAGUCGAUUAUGCUUGGAGCCAUGCUAUAAUCUCAGAUGAAACCUACAAAACAGUGAAAGAUAACUGUGAUUUUAGUAGCUCUGAUUUGUGGAGCAAUAAGAAUUGUGGUGAUGCUUUAGAUGAAAUGUAUAAGCAGUACCACGAGAUAGAUAUCUACAGCAUCUACACAGCCAAAUGCUUAAACAGUGUCAAUUCAUCAUCCCAAAUUACUUUCACCACGUCGUCAUCAUCGCCCAAGAAGGUUCCAAAACGACGACAUGGAAGCGGAUUUGACCCGUGUCUAGACGAUUACACCACUUCUUAUUACAAUAGAGGAGACGUCCAGAAGGCCCUCCAUGCAAGUGAUGGUCUACACGUUAAGAAGUGGAGUAUCUGCAAUGACUCGAUCUUCAACCAGUGGGACUGGGAACAAUCACCAGAAUCUGUUCUACCCAUAUAUCGAACUCUCAUGGCGGCAGGAAUUAAAAUAUGGGUCUACAGUGGAGAUGUCGAUGGAAGAGUCCCUGUACUAUCUACUAGAUACAGCAUAGGUGUAUUGAGUCUUCCCAUUACCAAACCAUGGAGACCCUGGUAUUAUGGAAAACAGGUAAGUGGAUGGGUUCAAGAGUAUGAAGGGCUAACAUUCGUGACGUUUAGAGCAGCUGGACAUGAUGUGCCUACAUUUAAACCCGCCGAGUCACUCACUUUAUUCUCCUCUUUCAUUUCCGGGCGUCCUCUUCCGCUCCAGCGCUAUUAAUUAAGCGUACCCGCCAAAUAUAUAAGUGGAUCGGUAACCAAAGGCAGAGCGGAAGAGCUACUAUAAUAAGCAUAUACGUAGUAUGAGUAUAUGAGAGAAAAUGCAAAUAAGAGGGAUUGAUGUGCUUUGAGUUUCUUCGUUUAUACGUAGUAAUAAAACAUCUUCCGA